AUGGGUCGACAGUCACAUAUUGCUCGUCUAGCUUUGGGACGAUCUCCUUUUGGACCUCCGCUGGAAGAUGAGAAUGGGGAGUUCAUCCUUGGACCGAACGUGCAGCGUCGAACAGACCGCAACUAUAUUCAACAAUUCGACGAUCGAGGUCAUCCAAGAAAUCCUGCUUCUGAGACGUUGAGGAGACGACUGCUUCGAGCCCAAAAUGAAGCCCUGUCCACGGUCGGUGUCGUUGUUCGCAAAGCACAAAUGCAGCAAUCUCGGUGGCAAUCGAUGAAUGAUGCGCAGCGAUAUCGACUUCUCUUAGACGAGCAUGCUACUGGCGCUUACUGCGAGAUCGUCGAGACUGUUGUUCAAAAUGUUGCUACCCACUGGACAGUCAACUUUCGCCGGCGUCUUCUGACUUUCAAGUCCUACUUAGGAUUGCCUGUUCCACAGAUGCUCUUCUCGGAAUGGAGUAUCAUGGGCCCGAGCGCUUUCCUGUUUGCUGGCUUCGUCCCUGGCACAAUUGCGAGGAUCAGCCAACUGCUCAGAAUUGCGAUACUAGAGGAUGACAGAGUUUCGAGGCCAGCACGCCCAGCAUCAGCUCUAGGGUUAGCAAAUAUCAGCAGGAUAAUGCGCCGGUCAAGCUUACAAGUCCUAUGGUUUGCCUUCGAGUACCCGUUCUACGCCUAUUCCAUCUUACAAUCGCUCAACCUCAUCCCGCUUCACCCUGCGCCCUCCUGGACUGCCUUGGUACGCUUCAGUGGUCAGUCCCCUGUUAGCAUGUCGCCCGGCGUGUCAGACUGGUCCUGCAGGGCCUUGAUCCCAUCACUAGUAAAGAUAAUUUCCAGUCCUUUUGUCUUAGCUUUCAUCAGAGACCUGCUUGGCAACUAUCUCUUCAAAAAAGUCUAUGUUCUGGUCCGCCAGAUGGUAGCGAAGCCCGACCGGCCAGAUCGAAUAUCGCUACAAAGUGCCAGAAAUCUGAACCUUGAGACCGCCUCUAUUGAACUGGAAGAGGCUAUUUUCGGUGAAUCGAGUGGAUCGAGCCCACGGUCCAUGAGAGACACUAUUCAGGCAAUAAUUCCAGCCUCUUUAUGGUUUUGGGUCCGGAUCAUUCAGACACAAAGAGUUCCCUUGGCAGUCGAAUUGAGCCCAAAUAUUGAAAGGGAGUUACUAGGACGGAGUGCCAUGCACUACCGAGCAUUAUAUCGACAGAACCGUGAACUUGAUCUCAGACGAGCCCCAAGAACCCUUCGAGUCAUGGCUAUACGUUCUGCCUUUCACGACUUCAACUUGGAUCCGGAUCACUCCAUGAUUGACAUAUUCGAGUUGGCCGACGAUGUGAGCUUCCGAGCGUCCAGUCCAGCAUUUACCUCGACACCAGACCCCCAAGAUGGACCACUCCUCACGGAAGUGGACACAGGCCACGGCACUGCGCACGAGGCUCAAGACAAUGCUGAACGUGAGAUUGAGCUAGGAGAGGGACAAUUCGGCGAUGAUCAGAUUGUAGAAAAUGCAAACGAUGAAGAUCUCCUUGACUGGAGCGACCCGCACCAAGAGACCGGUGAUCCUCUCUAUCUCCCGUCUUCAGACAGUCCAGUCGUGGAUACGGAGAGUCUACAGCCUGCCGUUCCAUUGGAGACCCUUCUUGAGCCUGGUCUCCCGGACACUACGGAUUCCGGAGAGCGACGAACAGCCAGCCCGGUUCCAGCUACGCCGGAUGCAGCAUCUCCAAUUCCUCCGAUUCCAUCCUCAGGCUCUCCUCUACAGCGGACUCCGUCUCCUAUUUCCCCUGUCCCGGGCAUAUCUCGUGCGGCGAGUUUACCCCACACAACACCACGGCCUGUGCGCCGUCCGACCGUCAUAGAACAAGACGCACCAACAAUGGGAGACGGGAUGCUGCAACGUCGUCAAUCGCAAUCGAGAGAUCCGGGUAACACCGACGAGAGUCUUUAUCGCGUGACUAUCCUGUCCAAUCACCCGGCUGAAGCUUUCGCACAUUACACGACCUCGAUCAUUGAGUCUAUUGUCCUGCUCCCGCUUGACAUCCUGUUCUUAAGGUCGCUAGCUCGAGGGUUCCUCUCUCACCAAUCUGCAGAUCAACAAAGGGCCACGACUUCCUCAUUGCUUGGAGAUGUAUGGCCUCCCACUUCGGGAAUGCGGGUGCGAGACCUUUCUAUGAUGCAAAGAUGGCAAUUCUGGGGUAAUUGGGCCCUCACGAUCGGCAUACAAGGCCUGGUAAAUUUUGUGAUAUGGGGAAUUGGUGCUCGGAUAACAAUGAGACUGGGUGAGAGAUUCGGCUGGGGGAACAUAUGA